AUGGUUGUAUGCCAGCGUGUCCGGAGGGUGGGCGCAAUAUGUAAAGAUUUACGUUUCCCGUUCCUCACUUUUCCUCAAUAUCGCCCCCGUAUUUGCCUAUCAUUUGCAGAUCGCGCCGAUGGCCGUCUUUCCAGCGGACUCCGUCUCCGUCUCCGUGUCCGCCUCCUCCUUCCUCUCCUCCUCAUGGCCCCACGCUGCAGCCUCCCUCGUCCCAACAUGAACUCAAAAGCACCACCUCAAACAUACAUCCUUGCCCUACCUCCCGACCGGCCUCGGCCGACGGGACCCCGCCCCCGCCAGGCCGGAAUGGGACUUUUUGACUGUUGGUCUAGCCCCCUAAAGCGUGUUUAUUCAGGUAGCCAACUUCUCUCGCUACUCCCCCCCACCCCCACCCCACCCACUUAUCCACCCCCGAGCCUACACACGCGCAAGCAGGCGUGCAAGCAUCGACGCAUGUGCCUGCUCAAGUCUGCCGAACAGACCAAGCGCUCUGUAGACCGGCGAUGA